AAUCAGUAUGGUUUGUGACACUCAAAAGGGUCCCGUUCUGUGGCUGAAAAAACUGUGGCUGUUUGGCUUUCACAUCACAAACAUUUCCUCAGAGCAGUUUGGUUGCUUGAAGAAUCUGGAACAGCUGAUUUUGUCAGGAAAUCAGAUUACCACUGUUGCAGACUUUACAUUUAAGGAACUAGCUAAAUUGAGGUUCCUAGACCUACAGAAUAACAAGAUCUCUCAGAUAACAGAGAACAGUUUCUUUGGCCUGCAUGGCUUGGAGACCCUAAUUCUGGAACAAAACCCACUUGAAACAAUUGAAGCAUUUGCCUUCAUCCACCUCACUUCGUUGAAGCACGUAUGUUUAGGGGACUUUCAACCUUUGCCUAGUGAAUUGGAGAGUAGCGUGAGUGUGAAUCUGACACACAUAUUUGGUGUCUUCCCUCAAGGGUUAAUGCAAAUUAACAUUUCUUCCAUGUGGUACACCCUCAACAUCAUCAUCGGCAGCAACAGCACCCCAAAACCAGGGAUUUCCCUUCAGCUCAGUGCCACAACUGUAUCCUUCCAGGACUGCUGGAGACCGUUUUUCCAGUCCGUCGUCAGCCUCACAGCCAUAACAGAAUGCCUCCUGUGUGGGUCUCAUUUUGCCGCAAGAUACUUCACCUCCCUCCAGUACUUUGGCUUCAUGUCUGUGCUGUCAGCCGAAUUUGUGGACAUGACUGACCUGAACACACUUGUGGAGCUGAGGUAUCUGAUGCUAAAGGGAGUGGAACUCUACCGGCAGCCAGGGCUGGCCAUUAUGUUCCACAACCUCACCAAGCUGGAGACCCUGAACCUGAUCACCUGCAGGAUCCUCAGUCUGGAGGAGGAGAUGAGUAGAGACCUGCAUUCCCUCAGGCAGAUGUCAGUCCACAUCCCAGAGGAGUUCAGUGUGUUGGAGAGCUUCCCAGAGCCGCUGACCAACCUGAGGUACCUGCUACUCUACAGUUUUCGCCUGGACUGCAGCUGUGACAAUGCCUGGCUGAUCGCCUGGGCCGAGAGACAGCCACAUGUCCAGGUCGUCUUUUAUCACCCUGGGGAAGCAGAUGUGACAUGUAAAAACGAGAAUGGAAUCCAGAACUUUGCCAGGUACUCAGCAGCUAACUGUUCCCUGGACGUGGGCUUUGUCCUGUUCCUCUGCACCUCGCUGGGCCUGCUCCUCUUCAUGCUGGUGGUGCUGCUCCAUCAGCUGGCUCGGGAAUACUUGCUGGCCUUCUGCCACAUCAUCCGCGGCUGGCUGGAGGAGGCUGUACGGAGGCCCAACCCCAGGGGGCGCUACCUCUAUGAUGCCUUUGUGUCGUACAGUGGGAGAGACGAGCGCUGGGUGGUGGAGCAGCUGCUUCCAGGCCUGGAGCAGAGGGGGCCUCCCUUCCUGCGUCUAUGUCUGCACAGCAGGGAUUUCCAGUUGGGGAAGGACAUUGUGGGCAACAUCACAGACAGCCUCUACGGCAGCCGCUACACCGUGUGUGUGGUGAGUCGUAACUACCUGCGCAGUAACUGGUGCUCCCUGGAGCUGCGGCUGGCCACCCUCCGUCUGCUGGUGGAGCAAAGGGACAUCCUUAUCUUGGUCUUCCUGGAGGACAUCCCCCCUCGCCAGCUGUCUUCCCACCACCGCCUGGCCAGGCUGGUCAAGACCAGGACCUACCUGGACUGGCCCCGGGACCUGGCCAUGCAGCCUGCCUUCUGGGACCGUCUGUGGACCAAACUGGUCCCUCCUGAACCACACCCUGGACAGUGACCACAAACAGUACUACACUCUUUUAAAAAUGGUUCUAAAAGGGGUCUUUGUUGGGUGAAAAGGUUCUACCUGGAACCAUAAAGGGUUAUCCUACAGAGACGAUCCAAAUAACUCUUUAAGGUUUUAGAGAGCACCUUUUUUGUGUACAUAUCUAGACAGUGGUAUUCCGCUUCCAAUGAACUUUGUAUGAACUGUGUGGAUAUCAACAGCAGAGGGAGACAAAGACCUUCAAUCAUAUAUACAGUACACAGACUAGCCAACGUUCAAAAUAUGUUUGCGGCAAAAAACA